GAUUGACGUUCUUGCAGCAGCAGGCGCAACUCCGAAUUUGCCGUCUGACAAAGCGCAUCAGAGGACAUACCCGAUCGAAACAGAAGCACACUCAGAGAGUAGAUGCAUUCCGGGCCACAGGACGGACACGAAGGAUAUAAACGCAUGGGACCGAGACAUAUGAUUAUGACUGUGUAAGAUAGUUUGUACUCUUCGUUUAGCUUCGUCUGCUUGUUGCGCUGUAGUAUGUGAGAGAUCAGAUCGUUUCCUCCGUUGGCACAGUAUUUUACAUCAGUCAACGACACGAGCUUAUGAGAAGGAAGAAAGUAUACAUGAACUCGGCUUCAACCACACUUUAAAGGCCGGUAGAAUACCUGCGCGGAGCUACUGUACCUCGUGAGGCCACGCCACGAAACAUACACGCCCAGCCAAGCUGCAAGAGUCCUUACCACGUGCAAUAUCGCACCCAGUUCGUCGGCGAUCAUACCGGCUAGCCGCGACGGCCAUGGCCGUGCCUGCGCCUAGCAGCGUCAAGCUUGCAAGGGCUGCAGACACUGCUGCUACCAAUGAGUCAACCAUCCAGACCAUUCCCCCAGCGGAGUCGAUCCAAGCAGGCAGAUCCGGCAAUCAGACUUUGCUCAACGAGAUGCUUCUGGCGGCCACGGCCAAUAACCGACUUGCGAUCCUCAACCUGCCCAGCGAUCAUGUGUACGACUUCAUGAACCCACCUUCAACUUCGGCUGUUACUCAGGGUCUUGACGGCCAUAUCGUCAGGGCCGACCGCAAAAUGUUCCCUGCCUUGAUCGGCAAUGGCAUCGGCAUGGCCAUGGGAUUCCUGGGCCCUUGCGGCUUCAACACUCCCCACGUACACAAUAGAGGCGCCGAAAUGAACAUCCCAGUGAUAGGCCGCCUUGGAACCGAGUUCAUAUUGGAGAAUGGCGCGACUCUCAUCCGAAAUAACCUGAACACCUUCCAGAUGACCAUCUUUCCCCAGGGUGCUAUUCACGCGGAAUGGAAUCCACACUGCACUAACAUGACAUUCGUCGCCGCCUUCCCUUCGGAAGACUUCGGCGUGUCGCAGAUCGCCAAUCGUCAGUUUUCAUUCGAUGACGACCUAUUGGAAGGCUUAUUUGCCAGCGAUUUCGCCAUCAAUGGCCGCGACAUUGAUCAAUUCAAGUCCGCGAUCCCCGAGAACGUUGCUUUCGGUGUAGGAUCGUGCUUGGCGGCGUGUGGUAUCUCCAAGCGUUGAAAACACCAAUUAACCCGGCAACAUACCUACCGCUUCCACCAUGGGCUCUUUGAGACUCUGGCAGCUCUUCUUUAAUCAUUCGCAUCGAAAACACUCGCAGGACUUUGUGCACUUGGUCGGUUUGGU